AAAAAACAAAACAAAAUAGCGUGAAGUGAAAUGACAACAACAAAGUAAAGGCAUAGCACAUGAACAGCUAAACAACCCUUGUUCUUGAAAAUUUUCCCGUAUUCAAAAAUUCUUGAAUUCGUAGCUAUUUUAUCAUUAUUUCGUGCAGACUUAAUAUUUGUUGAAUAUUUAACCAAAAACUAAAAUAUUUUUGUGAAUCGGAAGCUCAUAAAGAACUCAGAAGGUAGACAAACGGAGAAGGAAAAGUGAAAUGAAAAUGGAAAGCAAAAAUCCCAUUAUUCAGAAAGAAGCAAAGAAUGCGUGAAUAGAAUGUUUAUGCGCUAAUUGGACAUCGACAUAAAUAGAAUCAAUAAAGUAAUCAUAUUAAUAAAUCGAAGAGUGAAAGGUGUUAUAAAAACAAGUCGCAGAACUAGAAAAAGAAAAAGAGUAGAAGUGUUAAGAAAAGAAGAACGAGACUUUUCUAAGCAUUCGAUUAGUAUGUAGAUGAAAGAAGAGACAUUCAUAGAUAUAUACAUACAUGUGUCUGGAAAUGAAAUCAAUGUGAACACGGCAUGUUAAGCAUUUAAUAGGUGAUGAUCUACUUAUAUAAGAUGAAAAUGUGUGUUAGAUGUGAAAUAUUAUUGACACUUUCGCACUAGUAUGACAAAAGUAGACCAAUCUAUCAAAUUAUUAAGUUAUAAUUAUUGAAAAACUUUUUAUAGACAUAAAAGUAGAGCUUUACACUUGACUGAUUUAAGUAAAACUUCUCCAAUACCGAAACUGCCGUCAAAUGGAUCCAAAAUAAUUUCUAUUAUUGGAUCGCCUUAGACAAUGAUCAUAACUUUAUAUAAAAAAUAUUAAUAAUAACUUUUGGAUAGACUAUCAAGGUUGAAAUAUACAGAAAUUGUCUUGCCUAUACAUAUAUUGUGUAUGUAUAUGUUGAUGUGAUUUAGCCAAGACACAAUUUUUCUAUGAAUUUUUUGCAUCAAAACAAUCUAGUACUCAAAAACAUUGAAUUUUUUAAAAACAUUAAAACAAUAAAAGUAAACAAAAACAUUCAGCAAAAAUGCUCAAUACGAACCAAAAGCCGGUGAAACCUCCGAUUGCUGUAAAGCCUAAAAAUAUUCAAAAAACAAACUAUGUCGUUAUUGCACAAGAUCAUUCAACUCCAAGUAAUAAUAAUAUCCAUAAUAAUAACAAUCGUACACUGCCAACACCAAAUAGAAAUGCAAGAAACGUACAUGUAGAACAAUUGCCAUUUGUAACGAAUAAAGAUGUCAAUCAUUUUUCAUUGCCCUCGUCGUCUCCGUUGCAUCAACAUUACCAGCAACAGCAAUAUAUGCAUCACCAUUAUCGUAUGGGUGAAUGCACAAAUGACUUUGUGAAUAAACAGCAGCAAAUAGAAUAUAACAUGCAGAGUAAUCUAAAUAGGAAUAAUGGAACAUAUACCAUUAAUGGAUCAGCAGAAAUGGAUAAUGAUUAUUAUCGAGACAUGAACGAUGCUGACAUGGUAGACUUUAAAAGCUUUCAUACACCAUCACAUUCGUUUGAUAGCUCUUCCUCAAGCUCGGGUGGAUUUAAGGAUAUUGAUUUCAUUUCCAAAACUAAAGCUGUUUAUGAGAUGUAUGAAAAGGAUGGCAAAAACAUCCAUAAUGAAUCAUAUCAAAUGCCAAAUACAAUUGGACACAGUAAAGUCCAAGAGAUACAAUCAAAAUUGUUUGCAGCCAAACAACAAUUACAGCAAGCCCAUCAAAAUCACAUAAGCAAUGAGCAUUCAAUCGCUGUUAAUCGCCAGCAAUAUCAGAAAUCAUCGAAAGAAUUGGAAAAAUUGUUGAGUAUGAGAGUUGGGCAUGAGAAAAAAAUGCAGGCUGUACAUGCCAAUCAAGAUAAGCCGCCUAUAAGAAGAUUAUCGAAGGGUUGUGAUGAGCAGGUUGAUGAGCAUGGGAUAGUAAACCUCACGAGUCAACUGGCAUUGAACAUAUCAAAACAAAUCCAACAAAAAUUGCAGCAAGAAAUGAAGCAGCAGUGCGAUAUAAUCAAAGAGAAAUUUUUGAUUGAAAAAAUACCAGUACAACAGCAUUACAAAGAUUAUGUGAAUAAUCGAAAUCAACCUGCAAUUGGACUGAAGCAAAAUUCCAAGACAAGGGUUACUUAUUCGGAUGAAUAUUCCGCAUCGUAG